AUGACUGUACUUUUAUCCUCACCUUGGAGUAAUACUACAUUUCAUGGCAAUAGCUCAUUGUUAAUUCCCAGUCCACCAACUGCGAUCACUGGAAGUUUGGAGGUUCGUUGCUUAGGUUGUCAGGAUAUCGUUGAUCAUUUUCCAGCUGAGAUUGUAAAUAAUGAACUUUCUGGCACAUCAACAUCCCGGGUUCACUCUGUUCCAUCAGUUAUGACAUCUCGCACAUCUGAGAAUCACUGGGUGGAUGUUCGAUGCUCUUUAUUGAUUGAUCAUAAACGUGUAUGGGACUCACCUUGGCGGCAACCUAAUCAGCAGUGUUGGGACUCAAAGACUACAUUUAAUAUCGAUCGUGGGAAAGAACUGGAAGUCCAGGUAUAUUGGAAGCGUACGUUUCUUCCAAGCUCUGUUACCACUCCUUCAGGAUCCUCUGCUUCAUCCAAAAGUGGUUCGUCUGAGGAUUCUGGUUCUGGAUUAGAGUGGGUUUUAGCAGCCGUAAAUUAUGUACGCCUUGAAGAAUUACUUGGUGGCGAAUCACGUUCUGUAAUGCUUCCUAUGUUACCAAUGGGGAAAGUUUUCCUUGUCCUUAAAUUCUCUGAUCCUCUUCUUUCUAAACCUCGAUGCGGCUUACAUCGCCAGAAACGCUUAUUUUCCAAGCGCAAAGGAAACAAUAUUCCUCGUAUUAAUGAACUUGAUAUGAAUAUACCCUUAUGGACUCGUUUGCUUAAAAGCGGUCAGUUAUCUAAAAUGAGUCGUUCCGUUGUUAGUGGUUCAUGGACACUUAAUCAUUCAAAAGAAUUUGGAUCUUCAGGAUCUGUAAUGAUGCAUGGUCUAGAGGGUCGCUUCCAACAGCUUAAUACAUCUCUUAGCGGUUCACCAGUUUCUGCUCAGGCUUUUAAUGGCAAAUCUCAUUUAAAUACUUCUAAAUAUCGAGAAUCGCCAUCUGCCUUCCCCACCAGAUCAGUCAAUAUCACUGAUACGAUUAUUCAACAGCGUCCAUUAGUUACAAUUAUUCGUGAACCAGGUGCUUUACGGGAAAAAAAUAUUACAUUAACUGAAACGGAAAUAAAAACCCUACGUAAAAAAUCUCUUUUGACUGAUGACAUUAAUGACUACUCAUCGACACCCCAUCAUCAUGCACCUGCUACUGGGAUCGACUCUUCAUUUUCGCCGGACUACGAUGUUGCGCCAGUUAUCAUCGAAUAUGACAUGGAUAGUAGCUCCCGCAAACCCCCUACUCCGUCCCGUGUUUCAGACUACGCCAAUCCAGAAGACCUUGGUGCUACGGAAAUGAUAUCUAUAGGUCAGAAGGACGUCGAUUAUCGUACUGCAGACUAUAUUAAUAUGGAUGUGCAACGAUCUAAUUCUGGUCCUGUUGUAUUAUCAACAGAAAAAGAAAAUAAAGAUGUUCCUACUUCAGAGUCUCCGCGUACUGCAGCAUCCGAAAUUUUUAGUGAAUUAUCAUCAAACAAAUCCACAACAAUACUCAGUAUGAUUGAUUUCCGCACUGUGGCUGUACUUGGGCGUGGUCAUUUCGGCAAAGUAUUGCUGUCGCAAUACCACCGAGAUAAUAAGUACUAUGCUAUAAAAUCUUUAAAGAAGGCGGAGAUAAUCUUUCGUAAUGAGGUCGAUACAUUAUUGACAGAAAAACGCAUUUUGCAAAUUAUUACCGAUGCACAACAUCCUUUCCUCAUAAACUUGAUUGCCUGCUUCCAGACAAAGGAACACGUAAUGUUUGUGAUGGAGUAUGCACAGGGUGGUGAUCUCAUGUCACUUAUUCAAAAAAAUGUGUUUAAAGAACCUCAAGCUGUGUUUUAUGCUGGAUGUGUUGUUUUAGGUAUCGAAUUCCUUCACUCAAAAAAAAUUGUUUACCGAGAUCUGAAACUGGAUAACUUGUUGUUGGAUUCGGAAGGUUUUGUAAAGAUGGCUGAUUUUGGUUUAUGUAAGGAAGGCAUGGGUCCAGAUGAUCGAACUUCCACAUUCUGUGGGACGCCGGAGUUUUUGGCCCCUGAAGUUCUCACAGAUUCUUCGUACACACGUGCUGUAGAUUGGUGGGGCUUGGGUGUUCUCAUUUUCGAGAUGCUCGUCGGCGAAUGCCCCUUCCCUGGUGAAAGUGAAGAAGAAAUUUUUGACAGCAUUGUUAAUAAAAGCGUUUGCUACCCUAAUUAUUUGAGCAUGGAAGCUAAGUUAAUAAUGGGGCGCCUGCUUCGUCGGAAUGCUGCACAGCGUUUAGGAUCUUCAGCUCAAGAUGCGGAAGAAAUUAAAAGACAACCAUUCUUCCGUAAACUAGAUUUCCAAGCUCUCUUGGCGCAAAAAAUAAAACCACCAUUUGUUCCUGUUGUUUCUGGUCCUGAAGAUGUUUCAAAUUUCGAUGAAGAAUUCACCAGGGAAAAAGCAGUUCUUACACCAACUAAACAACGUCCGCCUCUUCUAGAUGCAGAUCAGUUAAAUUUCUCUAAUUUUGACUAUUAUUCACACUUAGUGUAA